CGAUCGAUCCGUUGUUUGUGUUCCUUGCACCUAUCAUCAUCAGUUCAUCCACAAAUCUUUGCUUAGAAUUGCAUGCGGGCUCAUGUCUGGUUGAUUCUUGGUUGGUCUUGGGGGGUUUUUGUACGUGCAGCUUCCACGCACGCGCACUACCUGUUCGACGAAACGCCUCUGCGACGUGCUCGGCUUCCAGCCCGCGCCAUGGAGGCGCCGCCUGUCAAGAGUGGGUGGCGGGUCAUGGCCCCGGCGCACGCCGGCGGCAGGGAGGACCGGCUCAGCGACCUCCCCGAGGGUGUCCUCCACCGCGUCAUGUCGUUCCUGGACUCGCGCCAGGCCGUGCGGACGUGCGUGCUGUCGCGGCGGUGGCGCGACGUCUGGCGCACCGUUCCCCGCGUCCACGCCGAUUUCUGCGACUUCACUCUGAACUGGACCAGCGACGACGACGAGGUGGACGAAGCGGCCGUAGCGGAGGACGAGGUGGUGUUCAACAGGUUCGUCAACCGGCUGCUGGAGCUCCGUGAUCCCAAUGCCUCGAUUCGAUCGUUCUUCCUCAGAUUCUGCAGAUCGGAUGGAGGCGAUGAUGGCUCAGCAGAAGGGAACAGAUGGAUCAGCUACGCUCUGCAGAAGAAUGUCCGGAUUCUGGAGGUUUCCGUGCUGUCCUACGCAUUGGAGCUCGAUCACUCGGUGUUUUCAUCGCGCUACCUGAGGACAAUGGACUUCAGCAAUGUCGUGAUGAACCAAGGUUUCUUCAAGCAACUCGAGAUGGGGUGUCCAGAAUUGGAAGAGCUCUUCUUGGAUGAAUGUUUCAUUGUGGAUGAUGAGAUCUCCUCCCAGACACUGAAGGUUUUGACCCUCGAUGCCACUCAUUUCUGCUGUGGCUUCAAGACUUCCAUUUCAAGUCCGAGUAUUACUUCUCUGGCCUUGCACUAUCCUAUGAGUGGCAAACCUGUACUGAAUGACAUGGAAGCACUAGUGAGCACGUCGAUGCUGCUUUGUCAUGUGAAAGACGACGAUUUUGCUGCUAAUGAUCUCCGCGACUAUCUCUGGAGCCUUUAUAAUGUUGAAAUUUUGGAUUUCAGUUAUCACGGGAAGAAGCUGACAAUGGAAAAUAAUUUGCAAUUGUGUCCGAAAUUCAUCAAUCUUGUCAGUCUGACUCUCGGUCCAUGGUGUCUGGAUGCCAACUUCUAUGGACUAAUCGUCUUCCUUCAGAACUCACCAAUAUUGGAGAAGCUAACCCUAGAACUCGCAAUGUAUCGUACAGGAAAAUUACAAAGAAUCAUUGGCCAGAUUGAAGAAAGAUCAUUUACAUGUGAGCACCUUACGAGUGUUGAAGUCAUAUGCUUGGAGGAUGAUCCCCUGGUCAACGACGUGGUCAACUUCUUUGUGAAUAGUGGAAUGUCCUCUGUUCAGAUUCAUAUCAAACAAUGGAGCCAGAGCGAGUAUGAGUAACAUCCACUUUUCCAGUCUGAGGACAUAUGAAACGUCAAAGGAUCAUACAUUCGGUGGUCAUUCCAUCCAAAAAAUCACUCUCUUUCAGCUACAUUCCUUGAUUCUAGUAGGGUUUGAAAGCACAUAGACUUCUUGGUCGGUGCUAUGACGUGAGAACAAACAAUCAUAGUCCUAUACUUGUAUAUAUGUUGCUUCUGUUUAAAUACUCCAUUUGGCCUAUGUUCUGCUGACGUGGUGUUACAUUCCCAUUACAUGCUUUCACUUCUUCUGGUUUCUAUUAAUCAUAUGCUUGGAGGAUGUUUAAUCCCCUGGUCAA